CCCGAGUAUCAUCGUGUCACCGCCACCAAUUAGGUGUAAUUAUAUGAUUUGCUCAUCUAUCAGAGGGUGAGAUCCGCCCUGUCAGUCCGGGCGGGGAGCGGAGAGUGGUGGUCAGCAGAAUUCUAUAGAGCCCGGACCAGAGCCAUCCCCUCCUCCCCCCCUCUCUCUACAGCUGGAUGAGAGAACCGGAAGUAGAAUUACAGGAGAAGCCAGAGAGAGUAUCGGAGGAGCGGAAAUGGCAUCCAAGUUUCUUAAGCAUCUCCGUCCUUCCACACUUAAAGAUCCAAGAGGCCCCGGACCACCUGAGGAACCGCCAGAGACUGCAGAGUUGGUGGAUGAUCCAGACAUGGUAGUACGGCUGAGUGGGACCCUUAGUUUGAGUGAAGACAGCCUGGCCUCUGAGGAGAGCGAUGGAACAGAAGGUAGAGUGCUGGAGGAGCCGAAUGCCCGUCCUCUUCUAACACAACAACUGAGCGAGAUGUGGGCACAUACUCAAGAACACAGCGUGCCCAUCAGGUUGACGUUCGAGGUGACGGAGGCUAAUAUUGUGCGUGACAUUCAUGCCAAGUAUGUGAUGUACACCAUUUACCUUCUACACUCGGGACAAUAUGAUCCUUCACCCGCCUUUGUCACCUGUCGAUACUCUGAUCUGGAGCGACUGAGGAAAAGUCUACGCUCUCAUUAUCCUGAACAAAUGAACAAUGUGUCUUUUCCUCGUAAGCGUCUCCAUAAGAACUUCACAGCGGAAACCAUUGCAAAACGCAGUCGUGCCUUUGAGCAGUUCCUCUGCCACGUGUCUUCAGUACCCACUCUACGAUACUCUCCACAAUUCCUGGGAUUCUUCUACUUGAGCGACAUGCAGAAGGCCCAGCAGUUUACAUGUACAGGAUUAUAUAAUCUAGCACUCCCAAAAUGGACAAAUUGUUGGCGUCUCCAAGAAAAGCUUUGUCCGACGUGGGCGUCUACCCCCAGACUGAUUGUGCUCGCUGGGCUGGUGGUGUGCCACCAAGAGCUGGAUACUCUGGCAGAUGCACAGGCAUACAGCGAACAGGCAGUAGCUCUUCUGCAGGAAUCGCAAGAGCAAAACAUGACUUUACUUAUUGCUUUCCUGCAGGCCCACAUCCAGUUGUCUUGGAGAGUGGGGAGAGACAAAAUGGCCUCUGAGGCUGCCUUGCUGAAGCUGAAAGAGGCUGGACACAGUACAAGCAACGCUCCCACCCUAAAGGAAAUUCUAAUUAAAGAGACCAUAAAAUGAACACCUAAGGCAUCUUGCAGAUAUGCACUACAUUCUAUACAUUUCUAUUUUUGCUCUUGUUCAGGUACGUGGUAAAACUGCAGUCAACCUCCCUAGUUUUACUGCCCCCCUAGCACGUGUGAAUGAACCCCCAAUAUUUAGGAAGCCCUGUGACCCACACUCUUCUGCCAGACAGGUCCUAAAACUCUAGCUGAAGGAUAGUGUAAAAUGUGCCAAACCUACCUUCUGCCUAGUUCAGCUUAGAAAAUUGUAGCCAUUAAUAUAUUCUACACAUUUUUUUUCUUUUCCUUUUUUUUAUUUUCUUUUAUUUCAGUUUUUAUACAGAUCAUUUUUACGGAGCUCCUCUUCACCAGUUUCAGAGGUAACAAGUAUAGAAACCUUAGUCUCGAAACAUGGUAACUACACUAACCCUUCUAACCUCACCGGAUAAAAUAAAUUAAAAUUGACUAAUUAUUUACAAUUUUUUCAAGUUAAGGAUGAUGGGAAAACAUUAGUGCAAAGAUGUCCAUAGACGGGGUGAGAUAAGGGAAGGAAUGCAAUGGUCAGGUUUGCGGGAAGGGAAUGCAAUGAUCAGGUCUGCGGAAAGGGACUGCAAUGAUCAGGUCUGCGGAAAGGGACUGCAAUGAUCAGGUCUGCGAGAAGGGAAUGCAAUGAUCAGGUCUGCGAGAAGGGAAUGCAAUGAUCAGGUCUGCGGGAAGGCAAUGCAAUGAUCAGGUCUGCGGGAAGGGAAUGCAAUGAUCAGGUCUGCGGGAAGGGACUGCAAUGAUCAGGUCUGCGAGAAGGGACUGCAAUUACCAGGUCUGCUAGAAGGGACUGCAAUGAUCAGGUCUGCGGAAAGGGAAUGCAAUGAUCAGGUCUGCGGAAAGGGAAUGCAAUGAUCGGGUCUGCGGAAAGGGAAUGCAAUGAUCGGGUCUGCGGAAAGGGAAUGCAAUGAUCGGGUCUGCGGGAAGGGAAUGCAAUGAUCGGGUCUGCGGGAAGGGAAUGCAAUGAUCGGGUCUGCGGGAAGGGAAUGCAAUGAUCGGGUCUGCGGGAAGGGAAUGCAAUGAUCGGGUCUUCAUUCAGAUAGUCAUGUGAUCAGCAUGCUUUUGGUUAAUGUUUGCUUUUGGGACAAUCUGCAUACACCGGGAAUACACCUUCCUGGGCACAUGUGUCAGCCAGGACACCAUCUUUUCUCCAUAAGUGGCCAUACGCUAGCCUAUAACUGUUACCUGGGUAUGGAAAGUAACAAAGAACUGGCUACAAUUCGCAUUUACCAUCUGAAAUCCCCCCAACACAAGUUGUUAAAAUGUUUUUUGCACAACUACUUCUAGGUAUUAUAGAUCUAUGGCCUAGGAUGCCCAAGAGUCUCAUCAGAUGUGUGCUCUUGUCGCCAGCACCAGUUAGCUAAUGGGGGCAAACUAUUCAUCAUUAAUUAAAAUGCUAAUGAUAAAACUUAACAAACAAUCUAAAAAAAGAUCAAUUCAUUGAUCUGUAUUACGACUAGUUCUCCACCACACAAGCAGAGAUUUAUAUGAGCGAUUGAUAACAACAUUUUGUUGCAGUCAAGAAUUGGCAAAGUACAAAAUGAUCAAGAGCUCCCAAAAAAAACGAUCAAUGAGAUGGUCUUUCAUUUCAGUGUGUUAUUGUUUUUUAUUUUUUUUGUUUUUUUUCGAUCAGUUUAGAUGAAUUGUUUCAUGUGGCCACCAUACUUUUCCCUGUAUGUAGUAUAUAGGUGGGAUUUUAGCUACCCCUCCAAUGAGCACAGACUACAUCAAUUAUAUAAAGUAUGUACAAAUAUUUAUUUUAUCCAAUAAAAUAUUUUAAUACAU